GACCUGUACAACGAACGCGCCGCUUCCGUUGACUGUCAUGGCAGUCAUGAUGGUGUGUGCAGUGCUAUAAGUGCACGCCUAACGUCAUCGCGCCAGCAACUUCCACAUCGUUCGCUGCUCAGCUAUAUUAAAUAGCUGGUCGAGUGGAGCGCAGACAAGCGCUGCCGUCUCCGAAAGCGCAUGCAGCCAUGGUCCCCGCACGCACGCAAACUGUGUUCGGUUUCAGCAGCAGCCUCGACUGGCGGCCUACGUUAUUCCUGGAACCGUUCGCCGAGACCUCGGUGUGCAGCGUCUGCCGGAUGGUGGCGCCGCUGUUGGUCCUGUUGCCCUGUCGUCACACGAUGUGCUGCGUUUGCUGCGGUCACAGUCAGGGCGGGGCGGACGUCCGCUGUCCCCUGGACAAGAAAGUCUUCGGAGGAGAGGCGUUGGCGUGGUUGAGCACCGUGAGCGAGGGCGAUCUGAUGGGCCGCCAGGUGCGCUGCUGGAACGCGAGGAACGGCUGCGUCGUCGAGGGCGUCGCUUCCGCCAUGCUGGAGCACUUCGCCAAGAAUUGCAGGUUCCACUCCCUGAAUUGCCCAAGAUGCGGCGUGAAGCUGCUGCACCGGGCCGUCGCGGACCACUUGGAGACGUGUAACCUGCCCUUCCUUCCCAGCGACGUGCUGGGCGACAACUUCGUCAACUCCUUCUCGAAAGUAAGCGAAGCGCUCGACAUCUUCCCUGCCUUACUCGACCGACACCGACGGAAAGUCGUGUCUGAGAUCAAGGGUGCCCUAGCCGAAAGCGAACGCGUCAUCGUCGCUGCUUUCGCUCCCCAGUGCGACCGAAUCGUGCAGACUGUGAAUGGCAUGGCCUCGGAAGCCUCGGACGUAGAACGGGAAAAGGGCGAAGGCGUCGCCACCACCGCGUGGGUCUCCAGUGUUUCCGCGGCUGUGCGCGACCUUCGAGGAUCGACUGAAAACGAAGCAGCGCCUCGAAUCUACGCAGCGCCAGGCCCCCGACAGCCACACGCAAAGAGAGCGCAGAAAGCCUCGGGGUCUUACGAGUGGAUGGUCGAAGAAUGGGCCUCGUUCGUCGCGGAGGACGCGUCGACGCCGGUUACGCUUUUCGUCGGCGCUUUCAAGGGCGUCUACGGACACCGCAUCGUUGUGGAGCUGACUUUUUCGCCGGAAACUGGCACGGUUCACGGUGACGUUUACGCCCUCCAAGGAGGAGGGUCGAACGAGGAGCCCCUCCUCGAUUCGUGCGCGUCGCUACAGUUCGUGCAUCCGAGAGAUGCCAAGAACGAGUUUGAAACGGCGCUGAUAGUUAUAUACAGGCAUUCGAACGCAGCUGCGGCGGGCCACGCAAUGAAAUACUACGACGACGAGGCAGUGAGGGUUAUGUGGAGGAGCGUGCCGAACGUGUUUGCUUCGGAGCUGGAACAGCGUGGCUUAGUCGAGAACAACGCGCUUCGCCUGCGACUGAACUUGUGACGCGAGUUUUAUUCCGGGCCCGGCCAUUUCUGGGUGAACUGCGAUGGGCAUCCCUUACCGGCACUCGUAUCUUCAAGAUCGUCCCCGAUGCCGUCGCCGGUUUUGUGAAGUGGACGUCCGCCUACCGAAGGUAUGCGCGGACUCUGAAACAUUUCACCGAGAGGCACGAUAGAUAGCAGAUGAUGCAAUUUCUCUUGCACAGCUAUCGCUCGCAACCGUUAUAGUUUUAUUUUUCUUAUAUUAUCUUGUUCUUUCGAUAACGUUGUGGUUCAUGUUUGCUGUGUGUUCUUGUUCUUCCUUUGCACAUGUCUGUAUACGUUAGUGUUUGAAUUUUGCUUUUAGGUCCGCAGAAUAAAGUUGAUGUUACGGUAUAGCUUCA